AUGACUGAUGUUGAGGUGACGUAUGAAGACUUCAUCGCCUCUGGAAGGACCGGCAGACGCAAUGCUGUACACGACAUCCUGGGAUCCUCUGGUGGGCUGGACGCUAGCGGACUCUCCCAAACGCUGUCUGAGCUCAGCAUCGGCAAACCAGGGAAUGAUGAAGAGAAAAGCCAGCGCUCGGCUGAUUCUGAACCGAAGCAGGAAGAAGCCAAUGGUGAAGGCACGUAAAAGACUUCAGUGAAAUAAUGAAGUAGGAAACCCCCUCUAGUGGCUGAUUUUAGUCAUGCAGGGGUUGAUACUGAAACAUACAGAGCAUCCCUCUCCCUUAUGGAUCCAGACGGAGGAGACUUUGCUAUGAGGAAGCUAAUGUGAAAGGCUGGGCCUUACGAAUCGCAGCACAGUGGUUUUUAUACAUCCACCGCUGCUUUUGCUGAAGUAGGUAUGACUUUUACUUAGAAGUUCACUUUAGUAGGUUUUGGUAGAUCUACUGGUGGGGAUUUGGGUCAGAAAUAAUGACAUUCAAAUGGUGGAGAUCACAGGGUCUGAUUUUGAACAACACCCACUGAUCUUGUGAUUUCAGAUUCACUUGUUAACUGCCAGAGUAGCAGCUAAUACGCACUUAAUACACUGUCAUUUUAUAGAUGUGGUGUUGUAAUAGUAAUAUCAGAUUUUGAUAUCAAAUAGUGCUGUGUUUCUUUGAUAUCUUCGAUUUAUGUUGAUAUUCACAUAAUCUGUAAGUGCUGCAUUUUUGUUAAACACUCAGAAUUCAUUAAAAAAAACUACAGUUUAUGAUGGUUUUGCAUGGCACCUGUCAGAAUAUGUGUUUAACUGUUCACAUCCCGAAGAGCACUAGUCAUUUGUGUUCAGAGCAUUUGCAGUGUGAGCUGAUGAUAAUUCCUUGAGUGUUUUAUAUUAAGCAUUAUGAAAUCCAGCUUGAUUUGAAGUCCUGACUGACACUGCCUAUUAACCCUUUUGAAAAUGUGUUCAAUAGAGCUUGCCUUACCAAACUUCUGCCCAUAUUUUGUCUUCCAGUCUUUAGUUCUAUGUCCUCAAUUUUCCUUUAUUAUAUUUGAUGAUAUUUUCAUUUGUGGGUACAUAAAUAUUUGAAUAAAUUCAAGAAGUGUUUGGGAAAAAA